AUGAAUGCCUGAAAAUUUUCAUGUGGACAACAGAAAUGGAUGAUAUAUAUUAAAGAGUGGGAUGACAUGCAAACUCUGAAAUCAAAACAAAACAAAACAAAACCUCCCCCAAACAGAACUCUUCCACACUUUCACUCUAAUUAAAAGCAAUUCAGUUAGUUAUAUUCUGGUAUUCCAAAUGGAUCCCUGUCCGUACGUGAGACUCACCGUGGACUCUCUCGCACUCAAGCUUCCCUCCUUCACCAGACGCUCGCCGCUUUCCGGUGGCGUUCACCCUUCAACCACGCCAUGCUUCUGCAAGAUCCACAUCAACAACUUCCCUUCACACACCGCCCUCCUCCCUCUCCUCACCUCCGACGACUCCUCUCUUUCCAACUCCUCCGCCGCCUUCCACCUCGACUCCGCCGCUAUCCGCCGAUUCUCCGCCAGGCCUCUCACCCUCCGCCUCUCCGUCUACGCCGGCAGCAUCGCCGCCACCUGCUGCUGCGGCUUCUCUGCCGGCGCCAGGCUCCUCGGCCGCCUCCGCAUCACCGUUCCGCUCUCUUCGCCGUCGCGCUCCGCCACUUACCACAGCGGGUGGUUGAGCCUCGGAAAGAAGAAUAAGAAGAGAAAGAAGGAGAAGAAAGAGAGUAGUACUGAAGGAGGUGAAGCGGGUUUGGAGGAGGAAUGCUCGCCUCGGGUUCACAUGGUGGUUCGCUCCGAACCGGAUCCACGGUUCGUUUUUCAGUUCGGUGGCGAACCGGAGUGCAGCCCAGUGGUUUUCUUGGUUCAAGAGAAUAACAUCAGGCAGCCAGUGUUUAGCUGCAAGUUCAGCGCGGAUCGCAACUCCAGAACUCGGUCAACUCCCUCAGAUUUCACGAAGCAACGAAGCAGAUGGGAGAGAACCUUCUCAAGUGUGAGGGAGCGCCAAGGGAGGGAGAGAAAGGGUUGGAUUAUAAUGAUCCACGACCUCUCCGGCUCUCCGGUGGCGGCGGCCUCCAUGAUCACCCCAUUCGUCCCAUCCCCCGGUUCGGAUAGAGUGUCGAGAUCAAACCCAGGUGCAUGGCUCAUUCUCCGCCCCAGCCAUAACGGGGCGACCCCAAUAAGCAGCUGGAAGCCAUGGGGCCGCCUCGAGGCAUGGCGAGAACGAGGCCCUGUAGACGGCCUAGGCUACAAAUUUGAGCUGGUGACAGAAAGCAACGGGAUCCCCAUUGCUGAGUCUACAAUGAGCACAAAAAAAGGAGGCGAAUUUUGCAUUGACUACAGAGUGAUGAAGGAUAAGGGGGUGUUGUAUGUUCCACAUUAUGGAAAAGGGUUUGUGAUGGGGUCAAGUGUGGAAGGUGAAGGUAAAGUUAGCAAGCCCGUUGUGCAAAUUGGUGCACAGCACGUGACUUGCAUGGCUGAUGCCGCUUUGUUCAUUGCACUCUCUGCUGCCAUUGAUCUUAGCAUGGAUGCAUGCAAGCUCUUCUCACAUAAGCUCAGGAAGGAGCUUUGUCAUGAACAACAUAAUCUCUCCCUCUCAUAGCUUCAUCAAUCGUUAUACUACAUUAUUGUUUCUUCUAUGCAAUUUUCAUCUUAUAAUUUACAUAUGUUUCUUAUACAUAAAUAUGCUGCAGUGAUAGCCAUUU